AUGGCCACACAGAAGAAAGAAGCAAAGAUCAACCAAGCUGAGAUGCAGAAGAGAGAAGUGCGUGAGCACAACGCUGCCAUGAAAGAAGCUGCUAGAGGUGGAACCGGAACCGGUUUAGGUUUGGGGUCAGCCACUCACUCAACCACUGGACACGUCGGACAUGGGACUGGGACCCACCAGAUGUCAGCUUUGCCUGGUCACGGAACGGGACAAGCAACCGGACACGUUGUGGGGUCAGCCACUCACUCAACCACUGGACACGUCGGACAUGGGACUGGGACCCACAAGAUGUCAGCUUUGCCUGGUCAAGGAACGGGACAAGCAACCGGACACAUUGUUGAGGGAACGACCUUGACAGAACCUAUCGGGACAAACACUGGAACUGGUCGGACCGCUGCUCAUAACGCCCACGUUGGUGGUGGCACCACUGCCGCUGGGUACGGAACUAGUGGAGGAUACACUGGAUAA